ACGUCAACAUCGUAUCGCAAAAUGCCGCGACCAUUCUUGCUGGCCACGCUUGCAACGUGGCUUUUUCUCUGUCUCGUGCAAACCAGCUCAGCUGAGAAGGUGUAUCCGAGCCUGUACACCGUUAACGAUAGGGUGUCCAUGGAGAAUGCAACAACUUUUGAAUCGAAAUUGAACUCUCCGACUACUCUGGCUAAUCCGGCUCUGGUGCAGUUCAUAAAUUCGUUUUGUGGAGACUGUCGGCGCUUUGCGACUACCUUUAAGAAGGUGGCAUUGCAGCUAUACGAAUGGAGGAGCGCUCUGCAAGUGCUAGUCGUUGACUGUGCCCAAGAAAUUAAUGUGAAGCUUUGCCGUCAAUACAAUAUAACAUCUGUGCCUACAUUAUAUUUUAUGGAUUUAAAAUAUGGGAACAAGAAGAUCAUACCAAUAAUGAAACGGGACGUUGAUGGAAUUCGCAAUGCAGUGGCAGAAUUACUUUCAAGUUACGUUUCGUUUACAAGGCCUUUGACGCUUUUGGAAGCUGAGCAGAGAAGAAAUUAUGAUUUCGAUUAUGCGGCUGUGAUUUACCAACCACCGGGUUCUUUUAUUGGACGUGAUACACUACUGGACCUCUUAUCCUGGCCGGUUGAUGUGCGCAUCGUCGACAAUAGCGCUGUCGCUAAGAAAUUUGACAUUGAUACUGAGAACACAAAAAUAUCCAUUAUCGAUAAAAAAUCUGGUAUUAAGUUGCCCUUAAAAGUAGCUAGAGACACUCGGGAAGCUUAUGUUAAUGCAAUAGCUAGCGUACUAAGAAUGCUGUCCUUUAAUCCGGAGCCGACCCCACCUACGAUUGUCCUGCCAUCCAAUGAGCUGGACGACGUCGAUCGUAGAAUUUUGGAAACCGUUACCAAUGGCAAAGCGACUGUGUAUCGUGCCGACCUGGAGCAGGCUAUUGACAUGAUCUUACACAUUGAGAUACCGAGAGCGGGCAGUAUUCGCGAGGAAAGCCUUCAAGCGCUGAGGAAUCUGUUAGAUGUCCUACGAAAACUAAACCCAUUAAACAAACCGGGAAAGCAAUUGUUAAACCGACUAUACGACUAUGUGAAGAAUGUGAAGCAUUCAUUGAGUGGAGAAGAUUUUCAGAACGAACUGCGCCUCCAGGAGCGAAAAUUACCAAAAAUUUUUAAGGCUCAACGGUUUGUGGGCUGCAUUGCCUCGCGCCCCAAUCUCCGUGGAUUCACCUGCUCGCUGUGGACGCUUUUCCACUAUUUGACUGUCCAGACUGCCGAUGAUAACACCAUCGAACCGGGCUUUAUUCUCGAAGCCAUACACGGUUUUGUGAAGAACUUUUUCGGCUGCACAGAUUGUGUGAAUCACUUUCUUGAAAUGGCACGUCGUCGCCAAAUUUGGUUGGUCAAGAAUAAAGAUGAGGAAGUGCUUUGGCUGUGGAGGGCUCAUAACGAGGUUAAUAAACGUUUAGCGGGUGAUUCUACGGAGGAUCCUAAAUUUUUGAAGCUGCAAUACCCCUCCGCAAAAGAUUGUCCAGGGUGUAGUAUAAACAUAAUCUCCGAUACACAGUGGAAUGAGCCGAAGGUAUUCAGCUUCCUAAAAGACGUUUACCAUAAGAAAAAUUUAAACAACUAUGCAUUGCCCACCAUAAUUGGUUACGAUUGAAUGCUAUUGCUAUAUUUAUAAUGCAAUUAUAGAAUUCCGCUGCAAGCAACUAAUAUAUAAUUUUAUAUUUUAAAAUAAACAACCUUUCAAAAUUGUAAA